AUAUUUGUUCCAACCCGGACUACAUGGAAUUAUCUAAAGUAAUGCUUUGAAACGUUUUGCUCUCGAUGUAUUGCAUAUUCUUGGUCUUGUAACAGAGCACUCCCCUACAGCAGUCUCUGAAUUGGAUCCAUAUUGGGCUUGAUAAUGAUGGCAAGGUUUUUGUUACAUAAUAUUAUCUUUCUGUCGAGUUCACUUCUUCUAGAGUAAGCUCACCUUGUAAGAUUUGUUGGAAAACUAAAAUGGUGGCGAUAUUGUGGUUGUGCCCACUUUGUUACGCCGAUAAAACGUGAGUAGAAGGGCUGUGUAGGUCGAGCAGGUAGAAAGUUGCUCUGAACCAUGUGCUAGAACCAAGCCUAAAAGUGCUGAAUCUGGGCCGUUUUGCCAAAAUGUCGUUGUGGCUUGGGGUAAGAACAUUGAUUUAUAGUAGGCAAUGGCGUAAAAAUGUGUCAUGGCGAAUUGGAGCAAGGAGAAUGUUUAGGAUACUUACUUGAUACACAUAUAGGCAGUGCGGGAUUGCACAGGCAGUGCGGGAUUUUCAGGGCCUGCUGAGCCGAAUGUCUCCGCAGUUAUCCAUACUUGUAGGUACUGCACUUAUGGGUGGGUUGUCUUUUAGACUGUACUUUAGGGCGUCAAACUCGUCAACUGUCCUUUGUGCACCAGGCGCAGGUUUGGUGCACUGCCAAAAUGCCUCUGGACUGAGCACCAGGGCCCUAAACCUGAGAGUCAAGCCGGCUGAGUUGGCGAGGCGGAACGCGAGACUAAAACACCGAGAAGGCUCAGCUAAUGGCUGCUUUUCCAGCCGCCAGAUUCUCAUUAUCCAUUCAGCGUCGAAACAAACUCUCUGCUUCACCACUCUUUGAACUCGAUACAAACAGAUACGAUGAAGUGCAUCAUUCCAGCUUUAAUCGCCUUGAUUGCCACCGCUGCCGCUGCGCCUUCUGGGGAACGCGGCCAUAACAGCCAUAAUAGAUACCAUGAAGAUAACGAGAAGAGUGAAUUUGAAGGGGCGAUUGAUGCUUUUGGAAAUUGGGCUGGCCGAUGGUCGGACGGCACAGAAGGGGCUUAUGGUCACGGCGAAUUCUCCGGACGCAAGGAGCAUGGGCGUUACGGCAUUCAAACAGAGGCCUCGAAACACGAGAAGCCGGAAUUCGAAGGGGCGUACGAUCGAAACACUGACCGUUGGAGCGGACGAUGGUCCGACGGGAGAGAGGGUGCCUACGAUGAUGGUCGCUUUUCAGGUCGCCGUGGCCAUAAAUACGGAAUUCAAACAGAAGCAACCAAGCACGAGAAGCCGGAAUUCGAAGGGGCGUACGAUCGAAACACUGACCGUUGGAGCGGACGAUGGUCCGACGGAAGAGAGGGUGCCUACGAUGAUGGUCGCUUUUCAGGUCGCCGUGGCCAUAAAUACGGAAUUCAAACAGAAGCAACCAAGCACGAAAAGCCGGAAUUCGAAGGGGCGUACGAUCGAAACACUGGCCGUUGGAGCGGACGAUGGUCCGACGGAAGAGAGGGUGCCUACGAUGAUGGUCGCUUUUCAGGUCGCCAUGGCCAUAAACACUGAAUCCAUCAAUUUGAGAGGCUUCUGACGAUGGCACACUGAUUGGAUAUUGAGAUAUAUUUGGUUAUAUGAGAAGAGAGCCCACAGCUGUAUUACCUCAAUUGCUGUAAAUAAUCAUUUCCAUAUGCCUUUCAUGAAAUAUGAUAUCAUUGCC